UCAGCUGUGUGAUGUGUCUGUCCUGUUUCCAGGACUACCGUCUUGGCAUUGGCAUCACGUCUAUCGACAUGAACGUAGGAAACGUGAAAGACACUGACCGUCGCAGCUUUGAUCUGACAACACCCUACCGCAUCUUCAGUUUUCUAGCGGAUUCAGAACAACAUAAAGACCAGUGGGUAGAAGCGAUGCGUGAAGCGAUUGGAGAGGCUCUGUCCAAUAGCGAGGUGGCUAAUCAAAUCUGGGCGGAGCCUAGCAAUGGUUGCUGUGCCGACUGUGGCGCCGCCAAACCUGAGUGGGCUGCCAUCAACCUGUGUGUGGUGGUCUGCAAACGCUGUGCAGGAGAGCACCGCGGUUUGGGCCCCAGCAUCUCUAAGGUGCGCAGUCUGAAGAUGGACAGGAGGGUGUGGACAGAGGAGCUUAUACAGGUGUUCCUGUUGCUAGGUAAUGAGCGUCUGAACAGAUUUUGGGCGGCGAACGUCCCUCCCAGCGAGGCGCUGAGUCCGACCAGUUGCAGCGAAGACCGCCGACGAUUCGUCAGCUCCAAAUACAGACAGGGCAAAUACCGCAAAUACCACCCCCUCUACGGCAACCAGGAAGAGCUUAACAACGCCCUGUGUAUAAACGUGCAGUGCAGUGAUGUCUUGGAGACCUUAUGUCUGGUGUUCUGUGGAGCUGAUGUGAACUGUUCUACUGGCCAGACAGACUGUCCCUCCCCCCUCUCCCUGGCACUCGCCCACAACCAGAAACUACAGGCCCAGUUCCUCUCACACAACCUCAACACAGAGCUGCCUCGGUCGGAGGUGACUGGGGUCAUGGAGCCUCAACACUAUUCACCACAGCACCCCGUCACUCACAAUGGCUUCCUUUUCAAGACCGCCUCCAUGGCCCGGCCUAUCACGGAGCGUAAGGCCAGGGAGGAGUUCAGUCGUCGCUGGUGUAUGUUAAAUGAUGGGAACUUUAGUUACUAUGAGAGUGACAAGACCUCCACGCCCAAUGGAACCCUGAAGUCUACAGAGAUCGUCUGUCUGGCUGUCAACACACCAGAGAGACAUGGCUAUGACCAUACAUUUGAGCUGUACUCAGACUCUGAGCGUAUCUAUCUCUUUGGCACUGAUGACCCAGACAGCCACAGGGAGUGGGUUAAAUCCAUCACCAAGACGUUUAUUCCAUCCAAUGCAGAGGGCCUGUUGAUGCUGGCUUUUGAAAGGAUUGGCCGGCUGCGGUAUAAAGACGGGCUGAAUCUACAGAGCCCUCGGGUUGGCUGGUUCGCUCUGGUCGGCUCCUCCCUCCAUGCCUACCUAGAGGACAGUGUGGAAGAGGAGGAGAUACACCUACGCAAACUACAGGAGCUCUCGAUCCAGCAGGAGAAUGGGGUGCUGGUUCUGGUGGAGAGAGGCAGGACUCUGUACAUCGAGGGGGAGAGGAAGCUUGACUUCCAGGGUUGGUGUGUGUCCAUGCAGAGAGCAGCAGGCAGUGCAGGGGACUCUCUUAGUCAGCAGCAACUAACUGAGACCGACAUCCCUGUUAUAGUGGACCGCUGCAUUGACUACAUCACACAGUGUGGUCUGACGUCCGAGGGUAUCUACCGUAAGAGCGGUGUGAACAGUCGUGUGGCGGCGCUGUGCGAGGCGUUUCGGCGUGAUGCCCGUAGCGUGCGUCUGAAGGAGGGUGAGCACCAAGUGGACGACGUGUCUAACACACUGAAACGCUUCUUCAGAGAGUCUGGAGAGGGACUGUUCACCAUACAGGCUGCUAGCGCAUGGCUCAGCACACCUGUGAUCCCAGAGGAGAGCAGAAAGAUCUGUCAGUACCAGCUGUUGCUGAGCCAGCUGCCCAGAGUCAACAAGGCCACGCUACGAGCCCUGGUCAACCACCUCUACUGUGUGCAGCGGUUUGCAGAGCUGAACCAGAUGAAUCUCCAUAACCUGGCUAUAGUAUUUGGCCCAACACUGUUCCAGAGCGAUGGGAAGGACUACACAGCUGGCCUCGUCGUAGAGGAACUCAUAGAGCACUACACGGACGUCUUUGAGGUGGAUGAGCUGCAGCUGAAAAGACAGCUGGAUGAGAUCACGGCCAUCAUUAAAGUCAGAGAGAAGUUGAACCACAACUCCAGCGUCCCUGCGUUGGGGUCAGCAGGUGACUUCAUCUGUACAGUGUACCUGGAGGAGAAGAAGGAGACGACAGAGCAGCAUGUCAAGAUCCCUGGUUCUAUGACGGCAGCAGAGCUGACCUGUGAGAUUCUGGACCGCCGGAAGAUCCAGGUCAGAGAGAAAGACUACUGGAGCUGCUGGGAGGUCAGCCAGAAGGAGGAGACCGAGCGCCCAUUGCAUCAUCUGGAGCGUGUGUUACCCAUCAUCCAUUCUCUGGGUACCGACUCCCACUUGCUGGUCAAAAAACAUCUCGCCAUGGAGGCCAUACGCAUCUACCUGGGUACGUACACGUACACGUACACGUACACCUACGGAUCUGGGAACAGUUUCUAUCUCUUCAGCGCUCUCGUCUUUCAAUGA